GUGAAAGGGAGAUCACCUACGCGACUCUCUGUUAUGCCAGACCAGAAGUCUAGUUCUCUAUAUAGAUUUCAUCGCCCACACCACAUCAACCUGCGAGAUGCACCUGUGACUUUGCAUUUGAACAGGUCGUCUCGGCAGUGCCUGCGCAACCUGGUUGCAUACAGACCCUCAUCGUUGCCGUUCAAGGUCCCCAGGUCAAGAUGUGCUGCAGUCCUCGUAGCGUUAUUUGCAGGACGGAACGGUGAUCUAUGGGUCAUCCUCAGCCAGCGAGCGAGUUCCCUACGGACGUACGCUGGUGACACUGCUUUACCAGGCGGCAAAGUCGAGCCGCAGGACAAGACGAUCGUGGAUACUGCCAGACGCGAAGCGUUUGAGGAGAUUGGCCUCCCACAAGACAACCGCAAAGUACCCUUACUAUGCGUCAUGGAACCUUUUCUCGCCGGUAAUCAGCUACUAGUUACACCGGUGGUUGUUAUGGUGUUGGACAGCACGAUAAAACCGAUCCUCAACGCCGCUGAAGUCUCCUCGCUCUUUUCUCAUCCGCUCAUCUCUUUCCUCUCGCCUGACUCCCCUUUUCCCACCGACGUGAUUACCCUCGAGAUGAACUACCACACGUAUAUCGACGUUCCUUGGCCUCCACAUCCUUCCGCUUCGCCAACCUUCAAGACAGGCCACAAACGUGAUCCACCCUUCGAAGGCCCGUCAAAAGGCGUUGCCCAUAUCACCCCAAAGUCUCGUCGUAUCCGCAUGCAUCGCUUCCUGACAGGGAGAGAAGCAGGUGGUACGAAACCCAUUUUUGGACUCACCGCGUCCAUCCUGAUUCUUGUCGCCUCGGUAGGCUAUGCUCAAGAGCCGCUCUUUGAUGUCUCUGCGCCCGGUCAACCAACCAUGGACGACCGCAUAGCGUACGCUCUCCGGUCCGUAUACUAA